GGUCACUCUAUAAUGUUUGGAUGGAACACUUACAGGGAAGAAUAAACAAUCAUCACUUUAACACUGAAUCGCCCCCAUUUCAAAAUGGUCCAAUCCGACCAUAAUUCAUGGUUUCCCGCCCAUACAAAAUGUAUGUUGCCAACAACAUUAGAAGGUUCGGAUAUUCUGCAGGCAUUAGGGAAGCAUCUAGUAUGCAAGAUGACAUAUUGCAUCAUCAGAAACCUCACCUUAGUCUUUAUGAGUCUUGUAUCUGCAGCACAUCUAGGAGCAUCUGAAGAUGUUACGAUCAAUCAAACCUGUGAGUUCACCGAAUGGGCGUUAGACGCAAACUGCCGCAACCGCGAUUUGGAGGAGAUCCCGCUUGAGUACAAGACCGCGGUAUCCAUGGAUAUUCGGAACAACAGACUUAAAAUCCUCACGGUGGGAAAUUUUACGGGAUUUCGAGAUCUGCGCUAUCUUGACCUGGAGUUCAACACCAUCUCCGAGAUAAACAGUGGAGCUUUCGAUGAAUGCGAUUCGUUAUUGUACAUCUACUUGCAGUUCAACUUGUUAGAAAGCGUAGAGGAGGGAGCAUUUGAGGGCAGUUCAUCUCUGGAACGACUUUUCCUGAAUCAGAACAGCAUAAAUCAACUUCAUCAAGAUGCUUUUCGUGGACUCGGCGCCCUCACUGGUCUGUACAUUGGUCUUAAUGAAAUAAGUCAAUUACCCGCAGGGCUUUUCCGACACACCCCUUUGUUGAAAUAUCUCCACAUGGGCGAUAACUUACUGACAAAUCUCUCUCCACAAAUCUUUGCCGAUUUGUCAGAUCUUAUUUAUCUGAACAUAAUGAACAAUAACCUUAACAUCAUAGAGAGUGGAACCUUUGAUCCUUUACAGAAUCUAGAAGAGUUAGACUUGUCUGGUAAUCUCCUCAUUUCAAUAAACGCCUUUCCAACUUUACCCAACUUGAAGAUACUUGACCUUUAUAAUAACGAGAUGCGGGAAAUCAGCAGCUUGUCAGAAAUGGUAGAAGGACUUGAUGAACUCUACUUGGGGCAGAACAACUUAUCCUGCACUUGUUCCAUGAACUCAAUUCGUGAAUGGAUCCAACGUCAUAAGUCAGAUGAGGGUGUUGACGCCAGUAAAGUAGACUUGACAUGUCAUUCGCCGCAACAUCUAGAAGGCAAACUCCUGGACUUGAUCUUAAGGGAAGAACUCUGUCGGGGAGAUGUUGGGCUGGGUCAUAUCCCUGCAUCUACACCAACUAAGUCUGAAGCCGCUACAAGGCGCACUAAUAAAGGGCCCUUUCAGACAUUGAUGCCCCGGACGUCAGCAACCAGCGGAAGGCACAAUGUAGACAGCGGACACAAUAAUGACGAUCAAGACCUUCAUGUGCCCCAGAAGAGGUACCUGUUUCUUGGGCUCGAUGAUGCCAUUGUCUAUGUCCUUGCCGCUGGUGUCACAGUCUCUGUUAUUGUCCUCGCCAUGUGUGUCAUCAUCAGGUGCCUCGCCUGGCGCACUGAGCGAUACCACCAGCAGCUGGAUGCGGCGACGAUGAAACGUCAGAAGAAGCACGUCACCGAGGAUUCUUAUUCAUCCAUCCCGUCUCAACCCCCGCCCCGUGACCCCGCCUUCGUAUUACACGAGGGCUUCAGCAAUAAUGAUAAUGCCAUUCCAGGGUCUUGGAAUGCAUAUCCACACCACAUCAACAGUUUUGAAUCCAGCGAACCACUGUUUGGCUUCAGGCCACUACCACCGUCAGGUCCAAUACCUAAGCUGGAAAGAGAACAGCUUCACAGAGCCCCAUCCUACAAGCAUACCCAAGAUGGUUAUCAAGCUGUUACCAUACCAGAGGGGUACAGCAGCAACCUCGAUAUGAUGUAUCCAGCUCCUGCGCUCCCUGGAUAUGACUAUCAGGACCUUGGGAUAGAAGCAGAUCUGAGCCCAAGUCCACUAGAAACCCCACAGCACAGUCCAAGCCAAAUCAAACAUGAGCACUUCACCCAAUUCUGGAUCCCAACCCAAGGCCAACAGUGCUGUGCUUCUUCAAGAGUGAAGUUCAAGGCCUCCAUAAUGGUAUCGACAGGUCAGAUUUCAAACCUGGUAUCCCAGGUUGGCAUCUGCGCAACUCUCCUCUGUGUCAUGCGUGAAGUUGUCUCGACCAGCACAGCUAAUUGCAAUGAGAUCUGUGAGGACCAAACCCAAGCUUCGGACAACUGUCGAAACCGCUGUUUGUUUGACGCUCAGGAAGCCUGCAGAACAUCAACAAGCUUAGACCUCCGCGAUGGACGCUUAAGCGUCCUUGGUGAAGGUUGCUUCCGAGGAUACAGACACCUUGGCAUCCUGUCGCUGGUGAACAACAUCAUCAGCAACAUCACCAGGGGAGCUUUCCAAGACUGUGAUUCUCUGAUCAAGCUGUAUCUGCAGAACAACUUGCUGGAGACGUUGGAGGACGGAAUCUUCCAAGGAGCGAUAUCGCUGGAGGUACUUGACCUGAGCGAAAAUCAGAUCGUUGACGUACACCCGGAUGCUCUAAGAGACUUAAGCGUGCUCACUAAUCUUAACAUCUAUGCAAAUAGAAUUGGUUUGCUAUCCAAUACAACCUUUCAGCACACCCCUAGCUUACAGUUUCUUCACCUCAGCAGUAACAUUCUGACUGAUCUACCUCCAGGGAUCUUCGGUUGCUUGGCGGAGCUUCGCUACCUCGACUUGAAGAACAACCGACUUAGAGUCCUCGACGGGAAGGUCUUUGACGGCUUACAAAACCUGGAGGAGUUGAACCUGUCAGGAAACCUCAUCACUUCAAUCUCAGACUUCCCAGACUUGCCAAAAUUGACGACGUUGUACCUUUACGGCAAUAAGUUACAGCGAAUUGGGAAUUUAUCCAUUGAUGGACUCGAUGAGCUCUACCUUGGGGAAAACAACUGGACAUGCACUUGCUCAAUGAGUCCACUGCGUGAGUGGAUCCUUUAUCAUCAGGCAGAGAGUGAAACAAACAUGAUAUGUCAACGCCCGUUGAACUUACAGGGCCGAAACCUCGCCAACAUCUCAAGGAUUGAUCUAUGUCGCCCUCAAGUGUUAACAAGGCUGAUCCCAAGCUCCACGAGCAAAGAACCAGAAGAUUCUACGCCAACAAUCACCUCCACUAAAACAGAUUCACCUGUUACCGAACAGUACAACUCUAUAGACUGGUCAUCCUAUACACCAUCAUCAGACACCGCUCUCAGCGAUGAGAUCAUUUAUGUCAUUGCAGGGGGGACAACUUUCACGGUUAUCGUCCUAGUGCUUGGCAUUAUUUUAAAGUGUCUGGCCCAUCGCACUCGCAUGUACCUCCAACAGGCACAAAUCAGUGGUCAACAGCAGAACCUGCCGAUGCAACCACACCAACUCCCCGUCUACGAAAACGAGAACCAAGUGGAAGAUUUCUACAGCCAAGUAGGACAGUACUCCUCUUCCAGCUCUCAGGGUGAUUUGAGUCCCGCUUGCUCGCAGGAACCUCCAUAUUUAGUCCCAAGCAUCAAGCCUGACCACCUCACUGGACCUUUGCGUCAAGAUAGGCGUCUCCCAGAACUGCCUAGUAGAGAAGACUUCUCACCCGUACCACAGGUACAGCAUUGUUAUACUCUACCCUCAACGGUAGUCUCAGAAUGCCCGAGAGCUCCUGGCACGGUUGAAGCGAGUUACAUGCAUCAGGACUUCCGAAAAACAACCUUGGUUCAUGAAAGGUCUAGUCGCCACCGACAACUUGUCCAAGAUGCAUCUUGGAUAACCUCUGAACUCCGACCCCAGGAGCCGACAGAAAACAUCCCCAGUCCAAUUCAUCAUACUUAUAUGUCUCAGAUUCUCAGCCAAAAGGAUUAAAUGAUUAAGAUUUUUGUACAUGGGUAGAAAAUCAGCCCUAGUGUAUAUGUAGCUCGACUGUAAAUACCAGUAUUCAUUCUUAAAAAUAUUGUUUUUUAAAACAUUGUUUAAAUCCUGUAUAAAAACAAAAAUCUGAAAAUUCAAUUUCAAAAGGUGUGUACGUCUUUGAGAAACUGCUGAAAAUCCGCAGAAAAUCCGUCCACACAGAAAGAAUAAUCCCUACUGGGAAUACAAAAUCUGAGAAUUGUUUUUAAGAAACAUGUCAUAAAGAGGUACAUGUACACUGUAGUACAUCAUUGGUUGGCUCUGGAAGAGUACAUACAUUCAUUCAAAUCUUCUAGUUUUCAAGAAAAAAAAAUUAUAAAUGGAUGGUACAUCAUUGAUUAUUGGAAGAGUAAAUUCAUUCCAAUCCUAUAGUUUUCAAGAGACAAAUCGUGAAUGUACUGUAGCACAUCAUUAUUUUUUCUGGAGGGUACAUUCAUUCCAAUAAUUUUCAACAAACAUCAUGAACUAUGGUGUAACAUUGAUUUUACGAAAAGUGCAAUUAGUUUUCAAUAAACACAUCAAGGAAAACAAUAAAUGAAUCAAAUUACAUUGUACAUUGUAUGUGGAUGUAAAUAUCUUUUGACUAUAUUUCAGUAAGGUAGGUUUCUGUUAAAUGUUUUAAAUAUUAUUAAUGUUCAGAGAUUUUAUGCUUGUUUAUUUUGACUGCUUCUAGUGCUAUCAAAUCAACAGCCAUGACUAAAUUUGUACAGUAUUUCAAAAAGAGAUAUUUAUAAUCAGUGAAACGGCUUUCGGACGGACAUAGUAUAAUUUCUUGUGAAAAGGUACUGGUAUAAAAUUUAUAAUAGUAUAAUAAUAUUAAAGUCUUAUAUAGCGCACGUAUCUACAAACGAGGUACUCGAGGCGCUGAGUAAAUAUACAAACUUUCAGAAAGAUAGGUUAUUGAAGUAUUGAAUUCUGAAACCCAAUUAUGUAGCAAUUUACAAUAGCUUAUGUAGCUUAUGUAGCUUAUAAUCAAAUAGCUUUCAGAUCAAAACUUAACCAUGAUUCUGUUACAGACUUGGGGUUUUUGCUAAAACAAAUAAUGGGUAAAAAUACAAUGGGUUUGGCCUCAAAAUUGAACUCCCUGUGGGGUUGACAGCUCUAUGUUUCGGAAGUGAUGCUUGUCAAUAAAUAUUUUGAGAAUGUGUGGGGGUAGGCCAUAAUGUAUAACUUUAACAAACAAAAAUUAAAAAAUUGCUUCGUUGAGCACCAGGAAAACAGUCCAUCAUUUUUGGUUUACAAAAACAUAACUCUUAAAGGCAAUAGACACGUUUGGUAAUAUUAAAAUAUAUGUUAGCAUAAAAACCUACAAGAUAACAAGCAAUAGAACAGCUGUUGAUAGUAUAAAACAUUGUGAGAUACAAGCUCCCUCUGAGAAAGAGGUUUUUUCUCAAUAAAAUAAUUGAAUUUAAGAAAGACUUCAGGCCUGAAGCCUUUCUCAUGCAUGUAAAUACAACAA